AUGAACUUUCUAAUUUGUCUCGCCGUCUUCGCCUACGUGGCCAUGGUCACUGGCCAAUGGCCACACUUUACCUAUAUGGUAGCCAAUGCAACAGUUUGGAACUGUCCGGAUGACGGAACAUCCGGAAUUCCAGAUAGACCGGAAUUUUGGUUAACCCAUUGCUGUGAAUGCGGAUGCGAGCCAGGGUUUUCAUGUUUCCGCGUGGAUAUCGGGUGGACUUGCAAGCGGAAUAAUCGAUGGAAUCCGCCGGAUGCUAACGGCUGCCAACUGCAUGGUUGCGCGCCCGGACGCGAAUGCCGUAAAGAUGAUGGAAGCCCAAAAUGCAUGCCCAUU